UCACAAUUGACUCCGCUCAAACCAUCUAGGAGUCCAUGUAAUAUUUUCUCCUGGUUGCCCUCUUAGCUCCUGAUCGCUUCUUCUUGGCUGGCGCCUACGGAGCAGCAAGAGCCAAAGUGGACUAAUGGCGACUACCACUGGAGCUUCUUUAGUCGGCUUCUGCUUCCUUUAUCGUUCAGCGGGUUUGAGUCGGCGGCGGUGGGACAUUUUGGAGGACUCGAGCUAUCGAGCUCGGAGGGGGUACUCUUUUGCCUCACCUCCCAAAUAUGGAAAGAGGAGAAACUUGGUUUAUGCAGCCAAUCGAGAUGCUGAGAAAUCAUUCAAGAAGACUCUAGAAGUCGAUAGAUUAAUAGAUACACUAAGAGUAUCCAAUCCUGGUGAACUAGAACAGGUUGUUGUUGAAAAUGUGCUGGCAUUCAACGAGGGUUUCUGGAUCAGGCUUGCGGCUAGAAUUGAAACUUGUAAAUCAGAUGAUGAUAAAAAAGAUUAUGAGGAGUUAGCUGGAUCAGUGAUGAGCAUAGUUGACCGAUUGGUCCAUAAAACUAACGAGAAGAUUGAGUCUGCAACAGAUAUUUUGAAGGCUAUCCUAAAACCCGUAGUUGAUGAAGUGCAAGAGGUUUCUUGGCCUCCUCGAGAUCCAGAAGUACUGAAGUUAAUGGAAGAAGAAGUACAGAAAAGGGAACGAGAGGGACAACUAGAUGAAGGAUUCCUUGCUGAGGUUAAUGCACAAUUGCGACAAGCUACAGAAGAUGGAGAUAAGCCAGGUCUUGCGGCUAUGUUGCAAAAGGUGCUGCAGCUUUAUGCUUCCAAAUAUCUUGGCAAGCGGAGUUAUGCAUACAAAGGAGGUGAAGUUUUGAAAGCAGAGAAAUUCCUUGAAUCUAUAAUAGAAGCAAAAUGUCAUCAAUAUAAUUCUGAAGAGCGCUGGAACAAGUUGUUAAUCGAGGGACUUAAUUUGGUUUCGCCGGACGAACUCUACGCCGUCAUCAAGAAGCGAAUUGAACGAGUCUUGAUUCGCACAGAAGGAGGUUCCUACCAGCAGCGAAUUCUGACAGAGUACCUUAAGGGCAUCCAGUUGAGGACCGAGGAAGUUGUACAAGCCUUAAGAGGCUCACAACAAUGAGAUUCUUCAUAUGGGAAUCAUAAUAUAGGUAUGAUUUUUUCAAUAAAACUGGUUAGUGUUAUCUAAUUAAACUAUUUUUUCAGCUCAAGAUUUAGGGCAGCUUUUUAAUGCUUUGUUUUAUAGACCUCUGCUACAGUUUUAUUUGAGUACAAGUUUUGCCAUUUAUUAGACUUUUUUAUGUUAUAAGCAAUUUUUUAUAACCAGAUGUAUUGCGAUCUCUCGAUUGCGAGAUCCCACAAUCCUAUGGAAUUGGGGAAACCAAAUAAGUUGUUUUCUCUUGAUUGCCGAUUUAUGGGAGAAUGCUUACCUUUUUUUUUUCUUAUUUCUAAUUAGGAUUAUUCUCUAUUAGGACUAUUUAUACGUUAUUAUUUUUUAGUUUAGGAGACUUUUGAGAUUUGUUUGUGUCGUAGAGAUUGUAUCUCUGAUUUCUAUCCUAAGUAGUAGGAACUGGUGGCUUACCUCCUCAACAUCUGUAAUGCACCGUUGUCCAUCUCGUUGUUUUCAAUCGGGACAGCUGCUGAAUGUUGUCUAACCUCUACAAAUAUCGUCAAUCGAUCAUGUAUUUUUUCCCUCACUAUUCCUCCACCACUUCCCCGUCAUAUCACAGAGUGUGUUUAUGAGAAAGAAAAUUAAUGAAAAAAAAAGAAAAAGAAAAGUGUCCCUAAUUCUUUGAAGAGAGACAUUUUAGUCCCAGAGUUUACAACUUUUAAUUUAGAUUGAAAAUAUUUCCAAUGAAAGAAUAUUUUAGCUCCAAUUAAAAGUGUCUGGAUAAGAUAAAUUAUAACCACUGCUAUAGUUUUGAAAAAACCUACUUUUACUACAACUUCACACUUUUAUAGAAGCUGUAGCUUCCCAUACCUACUUAGGAAGAUUUUCACUGGCUUUCAGCCAGGAAAAGCUGAAAUUUGACUCCAAUCCUUUAUUUUAAAAAUAAGAAAAAUUUGAUUUUAUUCGAAUGCCACAUAUAAGCCAAAUAUUUUGUUCUAAAGUUUUGAUGCAGUUUUGUUUUCUUGGUCUGCUAUAAAAUGCUUCAGCCAUGACAAGGAGAAGAAACAGCAAAAAAUUCAGCAUUACUGUAGGAGCAGAACUUGUUCCUGCUCCAAGGUUUUUCAUAUUCGUCGAUCUCACUCAUGUUUUACAAUCUCUAAACCUGGAGGAAAUAUUGCAUCCACUCAUGUAGAUUGGUGGUAUUCUGGUAGUAUUGUGGUUGUAUUACGGUA